AUGCGCUUUCGUCCUGGCGCCCUCCUUCUGGCCUUCCUGGCGGCGCCCUUGCUCUUCACGUUUGCUGGGCCGUGGGGAGCAACGAACAGGAGAGCACCAACACUGGCGAGACAGCAAGCGGACGGAGAAAGUGAUGGCACGAUCCCAGCGGUCAAGGGGACCGGCCAGGCUUCUUCAGAGUCGAAGAGGGAAGGCAGAAAGGAUGAGAAGGAUAUGAACAUCUUUGAAUCCGGCACCCUCGGCGUCCUGGGGGCUGUUAUUCUUGCGGGCGGCGUCUUCGUCCUCGGAAUCCUUGGAGGUGGACCAGAUCGGGUGACUGACGCGCAGUAUCUCGCUGCAGUUGGAGCUGACAGAAUGUGA